CCCGAGGCCCACAUUUAAUUAAAAGGAGUAGGGCACAGGAGAAGAGGCUGCUGUUGGCAGAUGGAGCCGGAGGAGUUGGGAGCUAAGCCUUGAUUGCUGGGUCCGGAGAGCACGGUCAGCAUGGAAUGUGCCUACUGCUUCCUGGGGUGUCUGCUUCUGGCUGCAGGAGUGCCCCUUGGUGCCGCCAAACGAUUUCAUGAUGUGCUGAGCAAUGAAAGAACUUCUGGUCACAUGAGGGAGCACAACCAAUUAAAUGGUUGGUCUUCAGAUGAAAAUGAAUGGAAUGAAAAACUCUAUCCGGUGUGGAAAAGAGGAGACCCGAGGUGGAAAAACUCCUGGAAAGGAGGCCAGGUGCAGGCAGUUCUGACCAGUGAUUCCCCAGCCCUGGUGGGCUCAAAUGUAACAUUUGUGGUGAGCCUGGUGUUCCCCAGAUGCCAAAAGGAAGAUGCCAAUGGCAACAUAGUCUAUGAGAAGAACUGCAGAAAUGGAACGGGUCCAUCUGCUGACCCGUAUGUUUACAACUGGACAGCGUGGGCCGAGGACGAUGACUGGGGGAAUGACACCAACCAAAGCUACCACGUGUUCCCCGACGGCAGGCCUUUCCCGCACCACCACCACCACCACCGGCGGAGGCAGUGGGGUUUCGUCUACGUGUUUCACACACUUGGUCAGUAUUACCAGAAAUUGGGACGGUGUUCAGCGAGUGUUUCUAUAAACACAACCAACGUGACGCUUGGCCCUCAAGUCAUGGAAGUAGCUGUCUAUAGAAGAAACCGAAGGACAUACACUCCUAUCGCAAAAGUGAAAGAUGUGUACCUGGUCACAGAUCAGAUUCUUGUGUUUGUGAAUAUGUCCCAGAAGAACGAUCGAAAUUCCUCUGAUGAAACCUUCCUUAGGGACAUUCCCAUUCUGUUUAAUGUCCUGAUUCACGAUCCCAGCCACUUCCUGAGGGAGUCUGCCAUUAACUACAAGUGGAACUUCGGGGAUAACACUGGUCUGUUUGUUUCCAACAAUCGCACUUUGAAUCACACGUAUGUGCUCAACGGGACUUUCAGCCUUAACCUCACUGUGCAAGCUGCAGUGCCUGGACCUUGCCCUUCACCUACACCCAGACCUCCAAAACCCACUCCUUCUUUAUCACCCGCCGGAGACAGCCUGCUGGAGCUGGGGGAGGUUCCCGAUGAAGACUGCCGGAUUAACAGAUACGGCCACUUCAGGGCCAUCAUCACAAUUGUAGAGGGAAUUCUAGAGGUGAACAUCGUGGAUACGGCAGAAGUCCUGAUGCCCCGGCCACAGUCCGAGGACCCCUUGAUGGAUUUCCUGGUGACCUGCGAAGGGACCAUUCCCACCGAGGUCUGUACCAUCGUUUCUGACCCCACCUGCCAGCUCGCCCAGGACACGGUCUGCAGCCCCGUGGAGGUGGCCAUGGGCGAUGCGUGCUUGCUGACCGUGAGACGGGCCUUCAACGGCUCCGGGACCUACUGUGUGAACCUCACUCUGGGUGACGAUGCGAGUCUGGCCCUCACGAGCACCCUCGUCUCUGUCCUGGGCAGACGCCCAGGCUCCCCCGUGAGAAUGGCGAGUGGUGCCCUGGCCUUCGUGGGCUGCUUGGCCAUAUUUGUCGCUGUGAUCGCCCUGGUGGUGUACAAAAAACGCAAGGAGUACAAACCAAUAGAAAACGGUGCUGGGAUCAAUGGCAAAGGACUGAACGUUUUCCUGGAGCACGCAAAGGUCAAGUUCUUCCCCGGCAGCAAGGAGAAAGACCCACUUCUCAAGAACCAGCCAGGAAUUCUUUAAACCUUCAGCCUGAUUUCUGACCAACAGCUCGCUCUUCAGUGCCAUGUGUGUGAGCUGUGCUAGCAUAGAGGACUAUCAACUUUUUUCCCUAAAUGUUACUGUAAAAUAUAUACUGUGGUUUAGGGAGGUGUAAUUUUUUUUUAUAGGUUAAAUGACAUUAUAGAGAAGUGGAGAGACAUUAUAUGGCAUGCAGCCUCGGCCGUGUUAUGGAACUGAUGGAGUCGGUCAGCCGUGCUUUCUUUCAUUAUGAUUUAUGUUUCACUCAGAAUGUCUUAACAUGAUUAGUAGGAUAGACAUACUGUGUCCAAAGAGUAGGUGGAGAAGGAAGGUACUAUUCAUCAGAGUGACCAGGUUGCCUGGAAGGCGAGGGUGGACGCUUUCUAGCUUCCCAUAUACACACAUGCGUACGAUCAAUGCACUGUACCCCUGUCCCUAAGACCAUGUUCCCAGGUAACUGAAGCCUAUUUCAAUGAGCACGCAUGAGCUCCCAACAGAACAGCAGGCCAAGCCUCUACUAUGAUGCAGAUGCUUGUUACACUAAAACAGUAAUAAUCAUCAUCAUCAUCAUCAUCAUCAUC